GGAAAGAGAGAGAGUAAAAUAGAAUUAAAGGGACAGAGAGAGAGAGAGGGAGAGAGUCAGUUGGUGCCCCUCCCAUCAGGUACAACAGUUCUGGGCAGAGACAUCAGUUCAUUUAUUCUGUAGUGAGGGGACAGAGCAGGGACACUGUGUGAAUUUAACCCUUCUAUUGGUAAGGGGAGGGGCUCUGUGAUUCAUUGAGGUCACAGUAAGUGAGUGUGACAUCAUCUCCUCCCAAUUUCUGGCUGCUAAUUCCCCUGCCCAGGGGAUGGUGCUACUGACGUCAUCUCACCUGUGUGUGGGGUAUAUAAGCCUUCAGCCUCAGCAGAAUCUUCAUCACUGGACUCUCCUCUGCCUCCUCCUCCUCUCUGCUCUUUAUUCCACGCCACCAGGAACAUAUACCAUGAAGACUGCAUUGUUGACACUGCUGACUUGUUAUUUGAUCCUCACGGCUUACACAGGAGCUCGACCCUUUGACAGAAUUUUUGAUGGCCACCAGCUUGGGUUAAAUGGGCUGUUAGGUGAUGAAAACGCACAUGCACUCUUGUACUUCCUAAAGGAAAAAAAUCAAAGAGAGAUGGAAAGAGGAGACCCUCAUGUUCAGCUUAGGCUCAGCAAAAGUUCCCUCUCCACAGGACGUCAGGAUUUAGUUUCUGCUUUCAAUGUGAUACAAACUGCAUUCCAGGAGGGCAUCCCAGAUGAUUUUGCCAAAGGCUUUUUAGAAGAAUUUUCUGAUCGUUUAAAGAGAGAAGACCCUCCUAUCUCCAUAGACCUGACAUUCCAUAUUCUCAGGCAGAUGAUAGAGAUUGCCAAAACCCAAAAUCAGAAGAACCAGGCUGAACAGAAUCGAAUUAUUUUUGACAAUGUGGGGAAGUGACCUCCAAAAGAACCAUGGACAGAGUUACUGAGCCAAAGCUCCCUCUCUUGCUUUUCCUCCAAACAUGGGACAGCCUCAUUUCUAGCACAGCUGAGACUUGUGUGCACAUGGGAGUGUGGUGGUCUGUGAAUCAGUCAAUGAACUCAUGGGAGCAAGAAGGAGGGGAAGGUUUGACAAGGUGUAAAUAUUUGUUGUACAUGUUACAAAUUGUAUGUUGCUAAAAGUGGAGCUUUAAUUUGCCUUAAGGCCUUUACUUCAUUCUCCUUGGGACCAGGCCUUAAUUUUCCUGAGGACUUGUCCUCCAACCUCCCUAAAAGUUAUCAUUUAUCUUUUUUAAGACAUAUGUCCCAUCACCCCCACCAGUCUUAGGAUCUUGUCUUCAUAAUCUUUAGACCCCCUCUCCCGUCUUCCUAAGACCAUCUUCAACCUCUUCUUAGUCCUCCCAAGGACCUCUUUUCUCGCUUUUCUGUAGAUCCAUUCUUCUUUAGAUCUUUCCUCCAUCUUUCUGAGGACAUUUCCUCCAGGCAAAAUUACAAAUAGGUAGACCCAGUGGUUCUGUUAUUUGAGGCUUGUUGGCCUUCUCAUCUUAUUGAGUAUCUCAUUAAUCUACUAGAUAUAUUAGGUCUGAUUGGCUGUGAGUAGUUGUUAGGUUACUAAAAUUGGGAAACUAGGAAUACUUCAGCAUUUUCCGUGAAAUUAGUGACAGUGCCAAAGCCAAUAAUAUGAUCUCUAAAGGACACAUAUCCACCAGUGAGUGGUCUGCAUAGUUUCCCAAAGUCCCUUGCUUUACUCAACCACAUGCCAUGUAGGAUGAUGCCCAUAGUGGGUCUCUCUAUCACAAGAUGCAUUGUUGUUGGAGACAGGUGUUGCCAAUGGUAAAGGCAACAAUGUCUGUCUGUGCCCGUGUGAUAAUGCCAGCUAUAAGCACAUGCACCUUUAUUGUGUCCCUUGUUUUGACAGUAAGUCGCUGCCUAGUUUAGAGUCAAAUAAAGAUGAAUAUAAUGAUGUUUCACAUCUUCUGGCAAAUG